CGAACAAGAAGUUGUGCUCUGUUCCAGACGAGGCAGCAGUGUGUUGAGUUGUUGGACGUAGCUGACCCGCGUCUGUGUCUGAUCCAGUGUGGUGACAGCGGCUGGAGAUAACGUGCGUUCAGGCCAACUAACGGGAUUUAAGUUGAUGUGUUAGUUCAGUGGAUUUGAUGCGCGCUGCACCGAGCAGCUCUCUCUCUGUGUGUGUGUGUGUGUGUGUGUGUGUGUGAGUGACAGGUCAGUUGAACCUGUCAGUGAUCGGACACCGCUUGAGGUCGAAGGAGACUUCUUUUUUAAGAAUUCUUUCUGGUCCAUUGACACAUUAUAUAAACGCAACGCUUUAAAUCAACGUGCGUGGCGCCACUGCGAACAGGAAGCGCGAGCCCCGAAGAUGACCUCCAAGAAAGUGAUCGAGUUGUUCUACGAUGUGGUUUCUCCGUACUCCUGGCUCGGCUUCGAGGUCAUGUGUCGCUACAGAACCGUGUGGAACGUCGAGGUCAAACUGCGCCCCGCGUUCCUGGGCGGCGUCAUGCACGGGUCAGACAACAGGCCUCCGGGGGUGGUUCCGAACAAGUUCAUGUACAUGACCAAGGAUCUGCACCGCUUGGCCAAGUAUUACGAUGUUCCCCUGCGCCCUCCAUCCGACCCCUUUGAGGCCAUGUUCAAAAAAGGCUCCCUGUCUGCGAUGCGUUUUGUGGCAGCAGUGCAAGAGCGGGAGAAGGAUGGAGACCGACAGGUGGAGCAUGUGUCCCGGGAGCUGUGGAGACGGAUCUGGAAUGAGGACAAAGACAUCACUGAGCCUGCAUCACUCUCUGAGGCUGCGAAGAAAGCAGGUCUGUCUGACAGUGAAAUUAAGGAAGUGCUGGAGCUGUCCACCUCAAAGGAAAUCAAAGACAAGCUGAAGAGCGCAACACAGUAUGCGCUUGACUUGGGGGCAUUUGGCUUCCCGAUGCUGGUGUGUCAUGUUGAUGGAAAGCCGGAAAUGUUCUUUGGAUCAGACAGAUUUGAGCUCAUCGCCAACUGCAUUGGAGAGAAGUGGCUGGGACCUCAGCCUCACAAAUCCGCUGCCAAGCUGUGAGAUGGAAACUUGUCUUCAAACAAGUGCUCAAGUCUUAAAUUUACAUUUGAUGAUGCAUCUGAUUUUCUCUAACACUUCACAAUUCAUAUUUUGUAUGCCGUGCCUUCUAAAACCAUGCCGACGAUUUUCAAUAGACCUUAAUAACAAAUAAAUAGUGAAACCUGC